AGCCCUGGGCCGGUGUUGCUUCGCGCGCCCUGCGGGCGCCGCGUGCUGCGCUGCUGGCUGCCGCUCGGCGACGAGAAGGCCGGCGACACUGCGCAGCGUGUCGCGGCCAGCUCGGACGACCCCGGGCUGGACGCGGCGAUGCUGGGGGCCUACCACGCCGCCGUGCGGCGUGCGGCGGCCGAGGCGCCGCGUGUGCCGCUGUCGCCGGGCGAGGCCCUGGUGCUCGACGGCCGCCGCGCGCUGCUGGGGUGCGGCGCCGCUUCCGGCGGCGGCCUUUUUUGGCGCGCGUGGGCCUGGGCCGGGAGUGGCGGCGGGGGCGAGGGCCACAGCGGCUUGCCCACAGGGCCGAGAA